UAGCCAGCUCCCUCACUGCCUGAGACUCAGUGCCAUGCUAUGGGGAGUCUGAGGCCCUGGGCCCGAUACCUGCUUCUGGUUGUGGCCCACCUGCUGGCCAUGGGCCUUGGGACCAUGGUGCUUCAGGCCCUCGAGGGCCCUCCAGCACUCCAGCUCCAGGCCCAGCUCCAGGCUGAGCUGUCUACCUUCCAGGCAGAACACAGGGCCUGCUUGCCACCUGAGGCACUGGAGGAACUGCUAGGUGCAGCCCUGAGAGCACAGGCCCAUGGAGUUUCCAGCCUGGGCAACGGCUCCGAGGCAAGCAACUGGGAUCUGCCUUCAGCUCUGCUGUUCACUGCCAGCAUCCUCACCACCACCGGUUAUGGCCACAUGGCCCCACUAUCCGCAGGUGGAAAGGCCUUCUGUGUGGUCUAUGCUGCCCUUGGGCUGCCAGCCUCCCUAGCACUGGCGGCUGCCCUGCGUCACUCCCUGCUGCCAGUGCUCAAUUGCCCUAGUGCCUGGGUAGCUGUUCGGUGGCAGUUGGCACCAGCCCAGGCUGCCCUGCUACAGGCAGCAGGACUGGGCCUCCUGGUGGCCUGUGUCUUUGUGCUGCUACCAGCACUGGUGCUAUGGGGUAUACAGGGUGACUGCAGCCUGUUGGAAGCCAUCUACUUCUGCUUCGGCUCACUCAGCACCAUUGGCCUAGGGGACUUGCUGCCUGGCCAUGGCCGUGGCCUGCAUCCAGCCAUUUACCACCUUGGACAGUUUGCACUUCUUGGUUACUUGCUCCUGGGGCUCCUAGCCAUGCUAUUAGCAGUAAAGACCUUCUCGGAGCUGCCACAGGUCCGUGCCAUGGUGAAAUUCUUUGGACCCAGUGGUUCUAGAACAGAUGAAGACCAAGAUGGUAUCCUAGGCCAAGAUGAGCUGGCUCUGAGUACCAUGCCUCCUGACUCCCCAGCAUUGGAGCAAACCAUUCCAGCAUCAGCAUCAGAACAGACUCCAGCUUGCUGAUCCAAAUCAGGUGACAGGUCUUCAGCUCAUUUACAUUGGAGGCCACUGAGC